UUGUGGGAUCUGCCCCUUCCGAUAGUUAGUGGACACCUGCAUAUACUAGUCCAUAGCGACAGUGAGACCCGUCAUAGCACGCACUGAGUCUGCAUAUAAGUAUAUUUGCUCUCCGGCAAAAUAUAUAUCGUUGCGGCACGCACAUCAUGCAUGAAAUCAUCUCCCUCCAGCUCGGCCAGCGGGCAAAUUACCUCGCCACACAUUUUUGGAAUUUGCAGGAAUCCUACUUCACAUACACCGAGGACGAGGAAUCCCCGGUCGACCAUGAUGUCCAUUUCCGACCCGGGGUCGGCGCCGAUGGGUCCGAGACUUACACCCCGAGGACCGUCAUCUACGAUCUCAAGGGGGGGUUCGGUACUCUCCGCAAGUACAACCCGUUGUAUGAGCUGAGUGAACAUGUGACCCCUGGUCAAGGCCUGUGGGACGGGAGGGAAAUCCUCCAGCAGCAGACACCCAUCCCCCAGAGUGACUACCAGAAGAGCCUUGAUGCGGGACUCCCCGCUCCCACUCUCGCCUCCGACACAGUCAGGUACUGGUCCGACUACAACCGACUUUUCUACCAUCCCCGCUCCAUUGUGCAGCUCAACGACUACGAGCUGAACUCCCAGAUCAUGCCCUUCGAGGACUGGACGAUUGGCGAUGAGCUCUUCCACGAUCUCGACAAGGAGCACGACCUGCUCGACCGGGACGUCAGACCGUUCGCCGAGGAAUGUGAUCAGCUGCGAGCACUGCAGAUCUUCACAGGCUCCGAUGAUGCCUGGGGUGGGUUUGCCGCCAAGUAUGUGGAUCGCAUUCGGGAUGAGUAUGGCAAGAAGGCCGUCUGGGUUUGGGCCGUGGAGAAUGGGAAGAAGGUCGAUCGGCAAACCCAGUUCAAGCGAGACCUGAACAAAGCCCGCUCGGUCCACGCCAUCUCGCCCCAAGCAUCACUGUACACCCCCAUCAUCGCCCCUCCUAGCCGAAUCCCGAAGUCAAUCUACAUCCAACCUCAAUCGGAAUGGUACACCUCGGCCCUGGUCAGCUCCGCCCUGGAGAGUGUGACGCUCCCGACCCGGCUGCGUCCGUACCACGACUUUGAAGCUUCCUUGGCCGGUGAUGACAGCAUCCACAAGAUCUUCGAGCUGCAAUCUACGAUCGUGACGGAUGAGGGACAUGCUGACCAGCGGCGGGCCAAGCCUACGAGCGACAUCGAUGGGGAAGACGCGAAGUCGCAGAUCCAGACCGAGUUCGACCUGGACUUUACGUAUGAUGGAAUAGACAGCAGAAAGUCGCAUAUUUUCAACCAGCUCCAGAUUUCCCGAGGCAUGGAUCCCCGCGAACAGGAAGAGCCGAUCGCCAAGGAGGAGGAGGCCAUGCUCCGCAGAAAGCGGCACUUCAAUUCGGAGCCGAUGUUCCAGAGGUUCCACUCGUCAUUGUACUUCCCCGUGCUGGACAGUUUCCCUCGGGAUAUGUUCCCCCUGCUGCAGUCGAAGGGGAAGAUCAGCGUCGUGGCGGCCUUGACGGCGUCGUCGCGGACGGCGGAGAAGAUCAAGGCGUUUGAGCGGCUGGCGGGACGAGUGGCGGGAGUGGAUGAACGCGAGAAUCUGGUGAACGGGCUGGGGGAGAUCCGGGAGACGUACGAGACGGGGUGGAUGAGUGACAGCGAGUUUGACGAUGAGUAGGG